GAAAUUCAACAGAUGCGAGAAGUUGUUUUCUAAGCAACUCUGAUUCAUCAAAUAAACACAGUUAGCUUUGACAUUUCUGUGAAGUGCAUUAAGAAUAUUCAAUUGCUCAAAAAUUGUGUGAGGCCCAAUAGAAAUUUGCGUACCGAUCGCUGCAUACCGAUAUUGGAAAUUUCGCUGCAGCCGAAAAACUGACUGCAACUCUGAUCAUGGCGCUAAUUGUGUGUGUCUGUGAUUAUUGGAACCAUCGCCACUUCUACAAUCGGCCCGUGCCUGAUCGCUUUCAAAUGCUCUGCGGCGGCGAGGGCAACACGACGGUCAAGACGGAGCCUGUGCGUCGCUUGGUGCUGGAGCUGGAUGCAGUGCGUGGCAACUAUGUGCUGCGUGAGCUGCUGCAGCAGCGUGUGCUGAAGCAGUGGCUGUUGCGAGAACUGGGCGUUCGGCUGGUCUGGCUGAGAUUUCAGAUGCCACAGCGCUGGUCCAUCGACUACAAGUGGGCGGAGAUGAUGGCGCACACUAUUUGGACGCACAUUGAGCUGGAGCACCUGAUGUGCUGGCUGUCCACGCUGGGCGGUGGCUACUCGGCGCUGGGCGAUCAGUUCGCCAGGUAUGCACAGACAGCGGGUGAGAUCUCACUGCAGCAGCUGGCGAUUGGCCUGCGCCUGGGCGAUCCCUUCCUGCAGGCGCGUUGCAAGCUCUACUACAGCAUCUCCUUGAUACAACGCGGACAGCUGCGCAGCGCCAAGUUCCUCAUCCGCGCUCAGUACCGCUUCGCCUGUGGAUUGCACAAGAAGCGCGACAAGCGCCUGAUGCGCAUGUGCCUGGGCGUCUGGGGGCGCCUCUGCUACGAGUACGAGCAGAGACAGAAGCAACGUCUAUCAAUUGAAAAUGGAAAACGAUUCGAAUGAGAUCAUUUGUUAUUCGAUAUUGAAAUGGAAUGUGAUUAGUUCUAGGAAUAAAAUGUAUUUUACUUGA